AUUUAAAAGACACUUUUACAACAUUGUUAUGUUUGAUCAAUUCUGUUAUAAAUUGACUGUGUUCUGAGUCAACUUAGUCCAUAAACUAGUAUUGGUUAAUAUUUUCAGAUGCCUAAAGUCACAGAAUUAGUAUCAUUAAAGGGAAAAAAAAGCUUUACUGAAUGCUGUGUUCUGAAUCCCUGCUAUUCUAAUCUACAUUUUACUCUUGCUUGUUCCAAAAUAUCAGGAGGCAUUCUUGUUCAAUGUCAGAUUGAGUACCAAUAUGUCAACUUACAACUGAGUUGGGAAGGAGCACGGCAGUACUGCAGAGAGCACUACGCUGAUCUAGCCACAUUAGAAAAUGAAGAGGAUGUGAACAAGUUACAAAUACCUGAUGGAUCCGAGGCCUGGAUCGGAUUAUUCGAUGACCCUGCUUCAUGGAAAGGGGUGAUGACGUCUGACUCAAACUCUUGGAGAUGGUCUUCCACUGAGACCACCAGUCCUGGAGGCUACCAGAACUGGGCGCCUGGUAAGACAGGGUUGUCUGUAAUGCCUCGCAAGGAGACUUGGGCACUCUUGAUCUGCGGAGGCAUUCUUGUUCAAUGUCAGAUUGAGUACCAAUAUGUCAACUUACAACUGAGUUGGGAAGGAGCACGGCAGUACUGCAGAGAGCACUACGCUGAUCUAGCCACAUUAGAAAAUGAAGAGGAUGUGAACAAGUUACAAAUACCUGAUGGAGCCAAGGCCUGGAUCGGAUUAUUCGAUGACCCUGCUUCAUGGAAAGGGGUGAUGACGUCUGACUCAAACUCUUGGAGAUGGUCUUCCACUGGGACCACCAGUCCUGGAGGCUACCAGAACUGGGCGCCUGGUGACCCAAAUAAUUAUGCUGGAAAAGAAUUGUGUAUUUUCAUACAAAAUGGUCUAUGGAGGGAUAUGAGCUGUACUAGCUCAUACAAAUUCUUUUGUUACACAGUUCAACCAUCAGGCCUUAAAGACUACAUUCUGAUCACUACUCCAAUGACCUGGACCAAUGCCCAGUCCUACUGCAGACAGAACCAUCACGACCUGGCCAUGAUCGAGAGCUCUGCUGAAAACCAAGCUGUGACUAACCUUCUUCCAUCUACAACAGCCUAUGUGUGGAUCGGCCUGUACCGAGUCCCUUGGAGGUGGUCCAACGGCAGCCCUAGUACAUACACGAAAUGGGCAUCAGGGGAACCCAACAAUAAUGGAGACUCUGAAUCAUGUGCUGUGCAGGUUUCAAGCUUGUGGUACGAUAUCCGCUGUGAUCUUCUGAGGACAUUUGUCUGCCGAAAAGAUUUAAAAACCACAACCAAUAUUAAAGUAAGUCUCCAAACAAAGGCUGAAAUGUCUGAUCCUGUUGUUCAAAACAAUUUCCUAAAAGUGCCACUAGCAUUAUGUCAUUGGGAGUAUGACGAGCCACUUACAUGGUGCUCUGAUGCCACAAGCCCCAAUUCGAGCGCACAGGCCACUUGGAGUUACCGUGGUAUUGCUCUAGUGAAAUGGUUGCACGAACAGCAGUAA